CACUGUCGGUGACCUUGUUCAUUCCGUUCACAAAAAUGAACUAGUUCUUUUGACCCGUUCGUUCAUGACUGACACACUACUAGUCAUCACGUGUUGUUGCGCAGUUGAGUCGGAACGAACGUGAACAUGAUUGAACGGACUGACUCGACACGGCUGACCGGGUCUAUGCACAGAGACCAAUUGAUCGAAAUGAACAAAAUGAAUGAAAUGAACGGAUCUUUUUUCAGCAUGAACCGAAAUCAUCCGGUUCACUGAAACGAACGGUUUUGCCCACCAUGACUUGGGUCACUUUUAGAGUUUCUAAUGGUGAUGGCUAAGGAUUUGGGUUCAAGUUUAGGUAAGGUAGCUAACCAUUGUUAGGUACUUCAGAUAGACCUCGUUCUGAGACAGAGAGAUUGAUCCAGUAUGGGGAGCUGAGACGCUCAGAUCCGGAGGGCUGUCAUAAUACUUAUACUUAUGAAAUCUUAUAUACAGAUUUCAAGGUACGUCAUCACGUGUUGUUGCGUUGUUGAGUCGGAACGAACGUGAACAUGAGUGAACGGACUCGACACGGCUGACCGGGGGAGAUCACAGGAUAACGACCAAUUGAUCGAAAUGAACGGAUCUUUUUACUAAAUGAACCGGAAUGAUCCGGUUCACUGAAAUGAACGGUUUUGCCCACCACGACUUGGGUCACUUUUAGGGUUUCUAUUAGGGAUGACGGUUAAGGAUUUGGGUUCGAGUCGAGGUAGGGGUAACGGUUAGGCGUUGACAACCUAACCUAACCGGUCUGGGGGGCGAUACGCUCGGAUCCGGAGGGCUGUCAUAAUACUUCAGAUUUCAAGGUACGUCAUCACGUGUUGUUGCGCUGUUGAGUCGAGCGUGAACAUCAGUGAACGGACUCGACCAAUUCAUCGAAUUGGUCGAACCGGAAUGAUUACUGAACGAACCGGAAUGAUCCGGUUCACUGAAACGAACGGUUUUGCCCACCACGACUUGGGUCACUUUUAGGGUUUCUAUUAGGGAUGAUGGUUAAGGAUUUGGGUUCGAGUCGAGGUAGGGGUAACGCUCGGAUCCGGAGGGCUGUCAUAAUACUUCCGAUUUCAAGGUACGUCAUUAUGACUGAUUCCAUCAUUUUUGUGCAGUAAAGUGGAUUAUUUGGAGACUAUUCAUUUAUGUUGUACAAAUAACUGGCUAACAUGAAUUAUAUGCAACAUUUGUGUUGGGCGAUGGUGGUAUUUGAAUUACUGAAUUAUUGUUUGUCUACAUACUCAUAAUUCUCAGAUUUUAGGUGUGAAGUAUGCUAGAGCUUGGAACAGAUUGUCGAGUAUGAGCGUGCCCUAAGUGCCAUUUUAUUUAAUGGGAGGGCGCUUUAGAAAGCAUACAGGAAACGCAAUUAAACUAUUUUUGUAUUUGUUUGUUUAUGAAGGUCUGAAUUGUUUAUGCAUUCUUUGGAAAUUGUGAAAUUUCUGUUGCCUUGAGAACUCUUGGCCCGAGUCCUCGAUGACAAAAGUGUCUGCGGUCAGUAGUGAUAGUCAACGAUGUCGCCGUGUGUGAAUAAACGUGCACGGGUCGCGCAGAGAGGGGCCACUCCAAUUAAGACAAUGGCCUCCCAGUGUUUGAGUCUCUGAAAGCCCCAUCAUUCAGACAUUUAGAAUAUCUUCUUCUAUGCUGUGUCACUCUUGGCUUUUGUACGUAUUAAGUAAGCAAGGUCGCAUUCUUAGUGUUGGCACUAAGAAUUAUGUACAAGGUAUCUAUAUAAGGUCGGGGGGGGGUUACUGAAUGGUGUCAUGGACCACGUGGACAUAAGAGUUUCACACGGUUGGAGCUGGCGUGUUACUUUGUUGGCUUUUUAUCUGCCAUGGCAACACAUGCUGUGUAAGGAUGCUGCGUUAAUGAUGGGAACAGCUGAAAGCACAAAGAGACAGAAACACAAGUCAGCAAAUCCAAGCACUGCACAGAAGGAGCCUAAUUCCCGCACAAGCAUGGCAGACCAGAAAGACAGACUAGAUGACUUUAAAGUCCAGACAGCCAAGCAUCCCAACAUCAGCACGGCCCAACUGCGGCCCCAUAAUGAACACUCUAAAGACCGAGCGUCCAAAAGGCUCUCCUCCGACUCUAACGGGACCAGCGAAGGAGGAAUGGGCUCGUCCACGCCGGUGGAGGUGACCGCUUUAGAGGAGUCGUUUCGACGUUUCGCCAUCCACGGCGACACACGCGCCACCGGCAAGGACAUGCAUGGCAAGAACUGGUCCAAGCUCUGCAAGGACUGCGGCGUGAUCGACGGCAAGAACGUCACCCUCACCGACGUGGAUAUCGUCUUCUCCAAAGUCAAGAAGAAGUCCUGCCGCACCAUCACGUUUGACGAGUUCAAGGUCGCGCUGGCAGAGCUGGCCAGGAAGAAGUACAAAGAAAAACCCGGCGACGACGCCGAAGCUGAGGUCUUCAAGCUGAUUGAGGGGAAGGCGCCCGUGAUCGCCGGGGUCACGAGAGCCGUGGCGUCGCCGACGGUAAGCCGACUGACGGACACCACAAAGUUCACGGGGUCGCACAAGGAGCGUUUUGACGACACGGGUCGCGGGAAGGGUAAGGCGGGACGAGUGGACGUAGUCGACACUUCGGGAUACGUCUCAGGAUACAAGCAUCAAGGGUCCUACGAAAAGAAGGUCACUAAACCCCCCAAUGCCAACAAACCAGUGUAAUGGAGGAGGGGUGGGGGGAUAAACAUUAGCUCGACAGCUAGCUAGGAUCAUUUUCUAUUAAAAAAGGGUACGUGAAAAAUAAAAACAAACUAGGUCAUCUAUUCCCCCCCCUCGCCCGGUUAUGUUGUGUGUGCAGGAUGUUUUUUUUUUUAAGUUCCUCUCUUUGUGAAGUGUGAGAACUGGAAAACUGUUUACAUCUAUUUUUUACUAAGUCUUCACCAGCUGGUACAUUCCUCUUUGAUAGCCAGUUACUGCCAAAAGCUGCGGAGAACACCAAUGAUGAUGAUGAUGAUGAUGAAGCCCUGUUGUUUUGAUCGGACCUUAAGAAUAUUUACCAAGCACAAUGAACACUGAAAGCCAAGAAAAACAACAAAAAUGGGACUUUUUGCACUUUUCCCCGACAUUGCCCAUAUUAAGAAGAAAUACAUUUUUAAUGAGCCUUCCAGACAUUUUGGAUAAUGUAUAUUUAAUAUCCUCUCCUGUGUCUGCUUUUUUCCUGCCACUUGUCAACUGUGUACAAACUCUGCUGUUCGCUCUUCAUUUUUUUUUUUUCAAUAAUACAAAGACUA